CUGACCAAAACUUCGGUCUUCUAGCGUCGUGCCACACACGGACAGAUAAGCUGAUUGACUCCUGAGGGCUCUCAACAAAGGCUCUCCUGUGAGUAUGUAUGUAUGUACAUUAUAAUAUAAAGUUGAUUUUCGGAAAUCGAACAUCUAAAUGAUUAUGUAGUCAAAAACCCCAGCAAGUGGGUGGUUUGGAGUGACUUGAAAUCGCCAUAACUUCUUUCUCUGACUGCGGAAGCUAGCUAGCUACGUUAGCGGGUAACGUUGACGUCAAGUUAGGUCAAAUUUGUAGCAAAACAAAAAACUACAAAGAAAACGACAAAACGGGAAAACAGCAAAAAUGUAAGUUGACAUCCCUGAAUUGAAAUUGACCUCAACCCUGCCGUAUAACAAGAGGGGAGAAAUCCCAAACCCAAAGUGAUAAGAGGAGGGCGGACUACCAACACCAGUGUCCAAGAUGAGGCGAGCCAGCCGAGGAGGGGAUGAGUCUGGUACCGGUACUCCCCGUCAGAACGGUGUGUCCGGGGGGAGAGGCGGUGGAAGGGGAACGGCUGCGGAGCGGGGGGAUGCAGCCGCCGGUGGUGAUGAUGAGGAGGCUGGGUGCAGCCCAGCAGACAUGCAGGAUGAGGACAACGAUCCGGCACGGAGGAGAGAGAUCAGGAGCAAGUACAGGGACCUCAUCAACUCUGUUCAACAGAACAGAGAGGACAUGUUGAGUCCCACCAACAACAAACUGACAGACGUGUUGGAGGAGGCUAACAAACUCUUUGCAGAAGUCCGUCAGGCCCGUGAAGCAGCUUUAGAUGCCCAGCUCCUGGUGCUGGCUACAGACCUGGGGAAGGAGAAAGCCAGCCAGCUACACGCAGAGGGAUCAUCCUUCGACCCCUCAGCCUUCGCUGAACACCUGCUGUCAUUCAUGGGUCUGAAUCGCCUGGAGGAUGAAGAUGAAGAUGUGGAGGGUGGAGCGAGCGGUGGCUACCUCCCCCAGGACGCCUGGCAGAGGGUGGCUAACAGAGCUCAGUGCUGCUUCAGGACUGCCCCCUCUUUCCACUACAUGAUGGGAUCAUUCCUGGCUGAGCUGCCUCCACCUCGCCAGAGGGUAGAGAGACAGAGGAAAGCUCCCAGCAAGGAAGCCAAGAGGAUCAUGCCCACCCAGUUGAAGAAGAUGGAGGAGUCUCACCAGGAAGCUACAGAGAAGGAGGUAGAGAGGAUUCUGGGAUACCUGCGGAGCUACUUCUUUGACGACCCCACAUCUCCCAUCUCCUACUAUGAGUUUGUCAUCGACCCCACCUCCUUCUCCCGCUCUGUGGAGAACAUCUUCCACACCUCCUUCCUGGUCAGGGAUGGUUUGGCGAGGAUUUACCUGGAUAAUUGCAAACUUCCUUGUAUAGCCCCUGUGGAGGAAGGAGAGGUGGAGGCUGGAGGAGCAUCUAACAGGCAGCAGUGUGUCAUCUCUAUAAGCCCCAAGAGCUGGAAGGAGUUAAUCGAGGCCUUUGAUAUCACCGAGCCACUGAUCCAGGUUCCCAGCACACAGAAUGAUGCUGAUGUGUAACAGAUAGUUAUUUUUAAAACAUUAGAGCAUUUUUAUUGACUUUAAAUCUAGCUAAUAAAUAUUAGUUUUCUAUUAAUAGUCCUUGUUGGCGGCUUUUGUAUUUUUUGAUUAAAGAGAGUGAACCCAA